AGGAGAGCCCCACCUCCUCCUCCUUGCCUAUAGUUAGGUAUAUAAGGGAAACUUCAAUUAUGCAGAGAGGCACACUCCGAGUCCUGUUAUCUUCCAAGUAGCAUCACAUAUUUUUAGGGUCUUCUAGGGGGUGGGAGGUGUUUGUCAAAAUCCUGGAGCCAGAAGAAAGAACAGCAGCAUUGAUCAAUUUGACUGCUAACAUGUUGUACCUGGAAAACAAUGCCCAGUCCCAGUAUAGCGAGCCACAGUACACGAACCUGGGGCUCCUGAACAGCAUGGAACAGCAGAUUCAGAAUGGCUCUUCCUCCACCAGCCCCUACAACACGGAGCACGCGCAGAACAGUGUCACGGCCCCCUCGCCUUACGCCCAGCCCAGCUCAACUUUUGACGCCCUCUCACCCUCCCCAGCCAUCCCUUCCAACACAGACUACCCAGGACCUCACAGCUUCGAUGUAUCAUUUCAACAGUCCAGCACAGCAAAGUCAGCAACAUGGACGUAUUCCACAGAACUGAAAAAGCUGUACUGCCAGAUCGCCAAGACAUGUCCCAUCCAGAUCAAAGUGAUGACCCCGCCACCUCAGGGAGCCGUCAUCAGGGCUAUGCCAGUGUACAAGAAAGCCGAACAUGUCACUGAAGUGGUCAAACGCUGCCCGAACCACGAGCUGAGCCGGGAGUUUAACGAGGGGCAGAUUGCGCCUCCCAGCCACCUGAUCAGGGUGGAAGGGAACAGCCACGCGCAGUAUGUAGAAGACCCCAUCACCGGGAGGCAGAGUGUGCUGGUUCCUUACGAGCCACCCCAGGUUGGUACGGAGUUCACGACAGUUUUGUACAACUUCAUGUGUAACAGUAGCUGCGUGGGAGGGAUGAACCGUCGCCCGAUCCUCAUCAUUGUGACACUGGAAACCAGGGAUGGGCAAGUCUUGGGCCGCCGAUGUUUCGAAGCCCGCAUUUGCGCUUGCCCAGGCAGAGAUCGCAAAGCAGACGAGGACAGCAUCCGCAAGCAGCAAGUCUCCGACAGCACAAAGAAUGGUGAUGGUACGAAGCGCCCUUUUAGACAAGGAACUCAUGGCAUACAGAUGACAUCUAUCAAAAAAAGACGUUCCCCAGAUGAUGAGCUCUUAUAUUUGCCGGUGAGGGGACGGGAGACAUAUGAAAUGCUACUGAAGAUCAAAGAGUCCCUGGAACUAAUGCAGUACCUUCCCCAGCACACAAUUGAGACUUACCGGCAGCAGCAGCAGCAGCAGCACCAGCACUUGCUCCAGAAGCAGACCUCCAUGCAGUCACAGUCGUCCUACGGCUCCAACUCUCCACCACUCAGCAAAAUGAACAGCAUGAACAAGCUGCCCUCGGUCAGCCAGCUAAUUAACCCCCAGCAGCGCAAUGCCCUGACCCCAACCACCAUCCCCGACGGCAUGGGAACCAACAUUCCCAUGAUGGGUACCCACAUGGCCAUGACCGGUGACAUGAAUGGCCUCAGCCCCACGCAGGCGCUGCCUCCUCCCCUCUCCAUGCCUUCAACGUCCCACUGCACCCCCCCUCCUCCGUACCCCACAGACUGCAGCAUCGUCAGCUUCUUAGCGAGGUUGGGCUGCUCAUCCUGUGUGGAUUAUUUCACGACCCAGGGGCUGACCACCAUCUAUCAGAUUGAGCAUUACUCCAUGGAUGAUCUGGUGAGCCUCAAGAUCCCGGAGCAGUUCCGCCAUGCCAUCUGGAAGGGCAUCCUGGACCACCGGCAGCUCCAUGACUUCUCCUCCCCUCCCCACCUCCUGCGCACCCCCAGCGGCGCUUCCACCGUCAGUGUGGGCUCCAGUGAAACCCGGGGGGAGCGGGUCAUCGACGCGGUCCGCUUCACGCUCCGGCAGACCAUUUCCUUCCCACCCCGCGAUGAGUGGAACGACUUCAACUUCGACAUGGAUGCCCGGCGCAACAAACAGCAACGCAUCAAGGAGGAAGGGGAGUGAGCCCCGCGGACCCCGCUCCACCCCGCCUCGGCCACAAACUGCUCAGCCCUUCAUUUGUCUUCCUUCUGCUUGGUACUGCACCCCUGGACGAAGGGCGGAGGGAACCUUCUUGCUCACUCAUGCUAGGUUAUGCCCUUGGUGCUGUCUGGGUCAUGCUCCUGGACUGUGACCUCCACCCCAGCUCUUGCAAGGGGAAGAGCUGAGCGAAGGGGGAAGGCGAGUAGUAUUUCCUUGAAAGCCGUUGACCUUCUUGAGAGGGCGUUGUUCUUGUUCUGUGUUUUCCUUUGGGGAGAGGGCUUCUUUUCUUGACUUUUGAAUCCUCACACACUUUGUGGGCUUCCUGACCUGCAAACUUGUCUCUCUCAUCCAGCAAUCCCACUUCGAAAAGCAGGAAAGUUUAAAAUAAAUCUUUCGAAAGCACAAAAAACAAAACAACCAAACCAACCCAAUGCCAAAAACAAAAUACAAAAAGCCCAUAGUCACCAAACUUUGAACUGGCAGUUCAUCUGAAAAAUAAAUGGGAACUGGUCUGCUGAACGUUGCACUUAAACAGCCGCUUCCCACAGAGCUGAGUGCUCUGCUCAUGUGUAGUAUUCUCCAGCGGAGACAGCACGUGCACUUUGCUGGGCAGGCCAGCACUUAUGGCCACCUGCAACCCACUUUUUCCUUUUCCCUCACCUUCUCUGGGAAAAAACAAACCUGCUGUCUCUUCUUGUUUUGAAUUUACAUUCCUGUAUAUGUCCUGGUUUGCUUGUUUCAGGAUAUCAAGACAAAUACAGCUGUUGGUCACUCUUGACUUCUGCUGCCCAUCCAACCUUUAGCCAUUCUGUACUACUACUGACAUUUAAGCUAGAGAAUUAGGCUUUGCCACAUAUGCAGUCUGGUUAGUUUAGCGUAAGGAUUUGCCUGCUUAGCCUCCAGUUGAACAGAGGACCAAGAGCUGCACACUGAUUUGUAGGGCUUCAGCUAUCCAAAACCCAGACAAUCUUUUAUUCAGACCAUGCUAGAUUGGUUUCCUGCCAAGUAAAGUAGAACUGUCUUUAGAUAUAUCUGUAGUAGGCUGGAGCCUGUUGUGGUUUGUUGCUGGUUACUAUAGACUAAGUGAUGAGCAACUAGAAGUGGAGAGUAAAAAAAAUAAAAAAUUUCCAACUGCCUUGGAACAAGGACCAGUUCCUGGUAAUAUGAGUGUUGCAACUGCAAAAAGUCAUGUUUACAUGAGAAAUUGAUUUUUCUCUUUUUUUUUUUUAUUUUAUUAUUUUUUUUUUAUUGGUUCUACAGCAGCUGAGCUCUGAGGCAUUUCCUCUGACUGCCAGUGAUCCUGUGGACAAGUAACUCAACAGAGUGUGUGUUUUCACAUUUGUUUGGCCAAGGUAGUGAGAUUCUAACGUAUACAAAACAAACCUAAACUGAGGAGCUCGGCUCAGCACAGCUGCUUUCAAGUUGGCUUGCUCUUUUUAACAGUAAACCUGACUUUUUAUUUUGGCUGGGGAAAGAUGAAAAAAGCAGCUUAAAUGACUUGUCAUCCUACCUUGCUACCACUAAAUAAUCUUGUUUCAGUGCAGUGGCUGGUUUUUGGGCCCUGCCGUGUGCCACAUAUUUCAUUUAAGUUGGAUAUUGUUAGCAUCCUCCAUCUGUCUGUUGUGCCAGGACUAUGUUGCAUUCAAAGACUGCCUUUUGGUAACUGUGCAAGCCUAUUUUGGAUAGCUCUGAAUGGUAAUGCAAGAUGGUUACCCUGUAAAGUGCGUGUAUAUAAAUAUUUUUUGUAUGUGUAAUUUUUGUUUCCUACAUCAUAACAUGCCAAUUUUUAUUUCUUCUUGGGCUACUGGGUCUGACAGAACCACAAUAAAAAUGUUUGUUUUUCUGUUUUUUUUUUUAAUUAUUAUUUUUAUGCAGAACGCUUACAGUAUACCUUGUUACAAAUGACACUGGACAAAUAUAUUUGUAUUUUUCAUACUGAGAUUCCUGUGUUACUUUGCAGUUGAGGGGGGAGGGGGCAGGUACUGAAAGCCUGUUUUGUCAUUUUAUUUUGUAACACUUCAAAGAGCAGUGUCCUAGAUUUCAAAGUAUUUAACAUGCUCAGUGUGAAAACUUACUAUGUCUUUUUUUUUUUUUUUUUUUUUCCUAUAUGCUACAAAAGAAGCGAGUCAUCCUGCUCUUGACUCGAUGCAACAAUUAAUUCAGCGGGGCAGUGUUAGCGCGGGGAAAGUUAGUGCGGGUACUUCGCAAAUUCUUGGAGGUCAAUUAGGCUGUGCCCUUCUCACCUCCAGGGUUUUGCAUCUCCAUUGUGUAAUUUUUCUGAGCUGCUUCAGUAUUGUACAAAUAUUGAUGCAAAAAUACCGUCAUUUUAGGAACUAGGAAGCUUCUGACUAUAAAGGUUAAUGCAGUUAAUGUUGUGCCCAGAGUCUGGAUGCAAGGACUUCAGUAUCUGCUUUUGAACUCAGCAGUGAGAUGGAGCUUUUCUGCCGCAUCAAUAAUGAUUAAAAUAUAUGCUGUGAAAACCUUUCUACUGUAUACCACUACGAGGCCCACUUCUGUAUAGCUGGAAUCUUCAAGUGAGUUUGAACUGCUGUAGCUUUUACCCUCCCCUGUAGAGCUGUGAUUUUUUUUUUUGUUUUGUUUUGUUUUGUUUUGAUACAUCAAAGCAAAUGAGUUAAUUGAGGUGAGAAUCUGCCAAUGCUUGUAGCAAUGACAGUGUUGCCUGCACCAAGACUUGUGUGUGUUUUGGAACAGCUUGUUGUUGAAGUCAAUGAAAAUAAAAACCAAACUGAAAAUGA